CUAUAAUAUAUAUAUAGGAAUAAAUGUGUCCCAGAAUUAGACUCUGAACUGUGGUUUCUUUCAUCUGGUUGGCAUAUCAAGAAGAUCCCUUUCAGUGCAUUGAUCCAUAUUUCUUGAUUGUUCUUACCAUAAAGAUCUGAAUUGCUUCCAACAAUCAGGAAUUAGUGAAGAAGUCGGAGUUCUGAGGUACGACUGAAUAGUUAUGGAGAGCAGCAAAGAAAAUAAUUCCCCAAGGGAAGACUCCUCUGAAGAACUCCCGUCAUUGAUCAGAGCUAUCACUGCACAUGAGGUGGCUGGUUUCGAUAGUCUUAAAGAUCGCGAUGAUUCGAAGGGUCGACUUCAAUCAACUGGCUUUCAUCCUCUGAGUGCCUCAGUUUUCGGAAUUGAAGCUGCUGAGACGGAAGAUCAAAGCGGUCUUUCUAAGUCACAAAGGAUGCAUUCUGUGUCCAUCAGCAUGCCGCCUUCUCCUAUUGAAGCUCAUAUACAGAACACCAAGAGAGUUCUCUUCAGGGACACUGAGACAAUUUUGGGCAAUUCUGUUCCAAAUUCUGCUGCUUCAUAUACAAACUUUGGUGCUCAGACGAAACAGGCCCGCUUUUAUUCUCAACCGAUGCCGAAAGGUUCUGUACUGAACGAGGCCAUUUCUAGUGAAAAAUCUGCCAAUCUUCCUCCGAGGAAUCCCAGGAUUGAAAAGCUGAGAGAUAAUAGAUAUGAUUCUUUCAAGACGUGGUCAGGAAAACUUGAGAGACAAAUAUCAAAUUUGCGUGGUAAGCGUCAGCCUGAGCAAGGUUCCCAUGCUCAGCAACCUGCACAAAUGGAAAGUGUACCUGUUGACCGAUACUUUGAUGCUUUGGAGGGACCAGAACUGGAUACACUACGGGCUUCAGAAGAAAUACUUCUUCCGGAUGACAAGCAAUGGCCGUUCCUUCUACGCUUUCCUGUCUCAUCCUUUGGUAUCUGUCUUGGUGUUAGCAGCCAAGCCAUCAUGUGGAAAACACUGGCUUCCUCCGAAUCUACAAAGUUCCUCCACGUGAGCCCGGAUAUAAAUCUCGUCCUUUGGUUCAUAUCCGUUGCUUUAGUGGUGAUCGUGGCUGCAGUCUAUGCUCUCAAAGUUAUAUUCUACUUUGAAGCCGUUCGUCGUGAAUAUUACCACCCAAUACGUGUUAACUUCUUCUUUGCUCCUUGGAUCGCCCUUCUGUUCUUAGCACUCGGGAUUCCACCAUCGUUUUCUAAUACUCUGCAUGCAUCCCUAUGGUACAUUCUCAUGACCCCGAUUUUUUUUCUAGAGCUUAAGAUAUACGGUCAGUGGAUGUCAGGAGGACAACGGAGACUUUCAAAGGUGGCAAACCCGUCAAACCAUCUGUCGAUAGUCGGCAACUUUGUUGGUGCCUUGCUUGGUGCAUCUAUGGGGCUAAAAGAAGGGCCAGUUUUCUUCUUUGCUGUUGGAUUGGCUCAUUACACCGUCCUAUUUGUAACUCUCUACCAGAGACUUCCAACGAACGAGACGCUUCCUAAGGAGCUCCACCCGGUUUUCUUCCUGUUUGUAGCUGCACCUAGUGUUGCCUCAAUGGCAUGGGCUCGGAUUCAAGGGACAUUCGACUAUGGAUCCCGUAUUGCUUACUUCAUCGCCCUGUUCCUUUAUUUCUCACUGGCCGUCCGUGUUAAUUUCUUCCGAGGUUUCAGGUUCUCACUGGCAUGGUGGGCUUACACUUUCCCAAUGACCGGAGCUGCCAUUGCCACGAUCAGAUACUCGAGCGUCGUAACGAACUUAGUCACCAAAAUCCUGACUGUCAUCCUCUGCCUCGUUUCUACACUUACCGUGACAGCACUGCUUGUAACUACUAUCAUCCAUGCCUUUAUCCUCCGAGACCUUUUCCCAAAUGACAUUUCGAUUGCUAUAAGUGAUAGGAGUGACAGGAGACCUAAAACGACCCGACGAUGGUAUCAUCGGAGAUCAGGCAGCUCGGAAAGCAACGUGGAACACUACCUCAAGUUUUCAAAUUCAGAUGGCAAAGACAUCGAGGCUUCUGUUUGUCCUCCGAGUUGCAAUAACCAAGAGUUGUCCGCUUCUAGUGCAAAAUAAUUGAAAAUUUUUAUUCAGAUCAGAUUUUGCCACAACCAUCCACUGUGAUUAAUUUGAUUUUAACAAAUCUGAUCUGAAUUAGAAUUUUUCUAUAUAAUUUUACCCCACUCAUGUCAAAGGAGGAACUCACUAUAGAUUUUGAGGUCCAAUGAAGUUGAUGUGGUGAAGGGAGACUGAGGAUUGAUUGAGGCUGUAAAAAUUUUUUGGAAGUUGAGUGUUGAUAUUAUAGAGGUUUCUCAUAUGAAUAAUCUCUUUUCCAAGAUGAAUAUGGAUGUAUAGUGUUAGUACAAUAUGAAAUGUCACAACCUAAUACAUUUUACUCUAAA